UUUGGACUAAUGCAGUGUUAUCUUCACUCAAUUUUAAAGUGCAGUAAUUUUAAGAACAUCCACCAUACUGGUGUGGGACCAGCAGGGGGUGAAUUCUGCUGUGGUAUAUCACACAAUCCUAUUCAUAAGGCAAUUAUUUCCUGCACAGCUGUUUGUAAUCUCUAAAUGACUUUCUAAGUGUUGUUUAAAAAACUUUUAUCAGCAUUGAAGCACUUGUUUACUUCAUGCUUUUCAAACAUUAGAGUCAGCCUUUCCUGCUGUUAAAGGCCUUAAAUAUUACUCAAUCUGAUCACAACAGUUCUUAGAAACCAUUUCCGAGGCAUCACCACACUCUAGGAUCAUUACGUCUAUCCACCUCUCUGAUUCUCUAAGGUUACUGCAAUGCCCCCUUGAACUCUGACCAUGAGCUAACAGUCAACAAAGGCGUAAAUACCAAGCAUGACGUCAUAUACAGCUGUCUAGUUUGAGAGCGAUACUGUAAAUAACCCAUGAGAAGGUACAUAACCUAAUACUACUCUUCACACAUUUUAUCAAAACAAAUAUUUAGGAAAUAUCUGGUGAAAUACAACUAAUAUGAUAUUGCAGAAAUAUUUGAGAAUAUUGAGAAUUAGAGAACUACACAGCAAAACCAACAUUAGAAAUUUUGCAGAGCGGUUCUGUAUCCUGCCACAAGACGGCAUCGUUGAAAUGUCUGUAUUUGUUAUUCCAUCAAUGUCUUGCAAAGGUAUCACUUUUAUAUUUCUGCAUUUUCUUGUUUUAAUGACAAUACACAGUGUCGAGUAUUAAGCAUAUUCAGUGUAAGAUCGUGCAUGUAAACGUUUAUUUUGUGCAUGAAAAAAUUACUAAAGUAAAGAGUUUUGUUGCUUAUCUUUACUUUAUAAAACUUUCAUCGUGUGGACUAACCAACAGUUUAGCCGAUUUGAAAAUAUCUCUGAAUAAAAAUAGCAAAAUGGCCAAAAUGUUUUAAAUUUUAACCAACAACCUGUCUUAAUCCUACAUCCUACAAUCAGCACAUCCCUUUCAAAUAGAAUUUUAUGCAACUAUAUAUUAUUGUACCAAGCUUGUAAGUUAGUGUUAGUAAGCACAGUAAAUUUGCUUUAGACCUUUAUAUUUGCUGACCUAGAUACAUCAAAGGCUGUAUUCUGUCACUGGUAUUUCCAGUAUUGAUGUCUUUGCAUCAGAAAUGCCAGAGGCAUUUGGAUGUGCAUCAUUACUAACCUAUAACCCUCAUCUAACAUCACAAUUCUCACACAGAGUAAUGGAAAAUCAAACACGCACACAUGACUUUGUUUUACCAACCAAAUGCGUUGGAAUUCAUUGCAAUAAUCUUAUCACAUUGGCCUUUACCUUUCCCAGCAUUGGGUUGCUUAGAUUAAAAUGUCAUGGCUUUUGCAUUCCUAUAGGAACCAAUAGCCUUGUAAGAAGGGCAGCCCUCUCUUACCACUCGAGGGUGUGUUCAAAUAGCCCUUUUCCCCACCCACAGUGCUGUCCUCUAUAAAAGACCAAGAGCCCUUCACAUGAGUCACAAAGACAAGCUGGUCUAACAGGAGAGAGUCUGAGCUGCUGGUUAGAGAGUCUCGGCUAUCACCCUGAAGACCCUGUUUAAUGCAGUGUGUAGAACAAAGUCCUGUCUAAACAGACGCUCGAGACCUCUACUGAAGGUGCACAAGAGUUCCUACUUUGAGUCCAAGCGGAAUUCCAAUGUGGGUGGUAGAGAAGAUCCGAGUGUCCGUCGAGAGGACCAACCUGCCACUUCCCAUAGCGGAAUACAGCUUCAAAAUCGGUGACAUCAUGUUUGGAGACAAGUCAUCCAUUGACAAAUCCAAGAAAAUCUUGCUGUGUCCAAACAUCAUUACCCCGGACUCUAUCCCCGAGUUCUGCAUUCCCCCCAAGAUCUCAACCCCAGUUGAGGGCAAGUGUAUGGAGCAGGGGAUGCAGACUCCAUGUAUCCGAGUGUCUCUGUGUGACAGAGGAAGUCCAAAGAAGGUCAUUGCCCGAGAGCUUUCCAAUAACCAUAUAAUCCAAGUGGAGAGUGUUGAUGAUGGGCCGUUUGACAACGGCUGUAGUGAUGAGGAAACCACCAAUGCUGAUCCUCAAAGCCAGGCUGCACUUUCCCUGCCCCACUUAGCUAAAGCUCAAACCUGCUAUGGCUUUUGCACCUUGCUUGAAAGUCCCCACACCAGGAGAAAGGAGUCCCUUUUCCACAAUGACCCCAACUCGAGUGGAAUCCCCUUGGUUCUUCCGCGAAGUAGAUCAAACACUUGCUCCAAAUCAGCUUCCCCCAUUUUGCCAUCUUCAUCCUCCCCUUCUUCCUUCAGCCUUAAUACUCUUGCUUCUAGACUUUCUCCAAAAGGCUUCACUUUGCACCGACAGGGAACUCUAGAUAGUGAUACCACUUCCUCAGCAGAGUCCUCCCCUUUCAGUUCUCCUCUCCUGAACAGAUGCCCACCAAAACCUUCUCUCCUCAAAGCACUUAACCAUGAGAAACUACUCUACCACAACCUCCGGAAGGUUGCCAUGUCCAGAAACAAUUCCCUAUCAACGGAUGAGGGUAGCUCCACGGACAACAGCCCCAAUAUUAUGAGAAGAGCAUCCGAAGGCCUUGUUGAACCUCUCCCAUGUGGAUUCGGCUUGGCGCCUCCGGCUAUCUUCCCCAUGGACUUGGUUCUGCACCGGGAGAGGGUGAUGAAGGAGAAUCUGGUGCCCGUAGGAAGGGACGGUACCUUGCGGCUGUCGGUGGAGUACUGUCCUGAAAACCAGAGACUGCGUGUCCGCCUCAUAAGUGCGGAAGGCCUGUACACACUGUCAGUGGACCCUAAAAGCAUUAACUGCAGCGUCAGCCUCUCUCUUAUGCCUGGAAAAGUCCAGAAACAGCGCAGCACGGUCAUUAGGAAAAGCCGCAAUCCAAUCUUUAAUGAAGACUUUUUCUUUGACGGUAUAAUGGAGGAUGAUCUCUGCCAGAGGUGGCUCCGUUUUAAAGUCGUUAACAAGAUGUCCAGCAUGAAAAGAGACUAUAUUUUGGGCAACUGUGAUCUUCCUCUCACUAGCAUUGUCACAUUAUAAAUCCAACAACUUCUUAAUUUAUUUUGUGUGAGUACGUGCGUGCAUGUAUUUGUAUAUAUUAUAUGAAGUGUUAUUUAAUUCCAAACCUGUUUAUCUGCCAAAGA